AUGGCUUCUGAAAGUAUAUUGACAAAAUCAAAUCAAGGUGGUCAAGAUAUUUGUGAAACAAAUAAGCUAAACAAUAUGGAAAAUCUUGCAAGUCAAAGUGAAAAUUACAAUAUAAAAUUGCAAGCGCACAAAAUCUUUGAAGCAGCCACAGAACCAGUUGAGAUUUUGCAUUUAAGUGAUAACGGCAGUCAUUCUUUUAUUCAAUCUCAGAUAGAAAAUCCUCAACAAAUUAUUGAUUGAAAACAAAAGAAUAUUGAAGAUUUCCAUUCAACUAACCAAAAUAUGCUAAAACAUCCUUCAGACACUAUAAAAGAAGUUCAAAAUAUCGAAAAUCAGACUAAGACAGACAGGAGUUUUCAAUUAAAUGAAAUGAAAUUACAAAUUUCUAGCCUUCCUAUCGAAAAUCAGACUGCUUGUGAUAUAAUCUUUACUCCCCUCCGUAUCCGAAAAAAAAUUUUUUGUUCGCUCACAGAGGGGUUAAUUUUUUUUUAAAAAAAUUUAAAUAUAAAUAUAAAAAAUUAUUUUUCGAAAUUUAAAAUAUCAUAAUUCGCAAAAAAUUGGAAUCAAAUAUUAAUUUAAUUUGUGAAAUUACAAUUUAAAAAGCAAGCUGUUUAAAAUUAAACAGAAUCGGGUAGAGAUCUCUUAUAAUUGUUAUCACUUAUAUAUCUUAGAGGACAGAAAAUUAUUGAAAACACAAAUACCAAUAACUCUGACUAUGAAUUUAUAUCAGAUUUUGCAUCUUUCCAUCUACCUAAAAUAAAUAAGCCCAAUCCGCUUCACAAGCCAACCCGAGCAAUCAAAAAAGAAGCCCCAAAAACUGAGCAGCCGAAAUCUUUUAUGUCAAAAAUCGCAGGCGUAUUUUCAAAAGGAGCGCCUGAAGACAAGCCACCAGAAAUGAAAUUAGGAAACACUGGUGGGUUUUAUUAUGACAAAGCCAAGAAGAAAUGGGUCAUUGAAGGACAAGAAGAAGAAAAGCAAGAAGAAUUGGAGCCUCCACCCGUAGGAUUUAUAACUACAGCUACAGGAUCUCAAAAAAGAAGGCAAAUGUAUGUAGACACAAUUGGCCAGUCCUCAUUUAAUGAAUCUACCUAUAAACCAGCAGACCAUGAAGAGCCUGAAGUUUUUGAUGAAGGAUUUAAGUCAGACCCAAAACCAGAAGAAAACUAUGAGACUUUAAGUGAAAAAAUGGAAAUCAGUCAAAUAAAUGAAGGGGCUAAAGAAGAAACUAAACAAGAAGAGAACACGCUUGCAGGCUUCAAAGAAUAUAGCGGCUCAGAAAGUCCACCAAGUGAAUUAAAAGAAGACUCAAAGGCUGAAGAAAUAAAACAAAAUGAAAAACUUAUUAAUCAGCUUAAAGAGGAGCUAUGGGAGUUAAACUGGAAAUCAAGUGAAAAAAUUGAAGAACUUUCUGCAAUAAAUGAAGAAUUAUACCAGCAAAUUUCUUUUUUAAGUGAUCUAGGGGUACAAAAUGAAUUAAAAAUUCAAGAAUUGAAUUGGAGACUGCAAACAGAAGCAGACAGUAAAUCAAUAUUCCAAGAAGACUUAGAAAAUAUGAGAGAUACAAUAAAUUUAUUAACAAAAGAAAUUUCUAGCCUAAAAUCGUCAGACCCAGUAUUUUUGUCUGAAGACUCUGAUCCUUAUGAGCUUCAGCUGCAAAUUGCUCAGUUAGAAAACGAAAAAUUACAGUUUCAAUCAAAUAUUGCUACCAAAGAUUUGGAAAUUGCUAAUUUAAAUGUCAAGCUAAAUGAGACAGACACAAAUGUUGGGCUGCUUUCUAAACAAAUUGAGAGGCAAAAGCAUGAAUAUGAGCUAAAAGAGCAAUAUUUUACUGAAGAAAGGCAAAGGGCUCAGCAAGCUGUGUCAUCAUUUAGAUCGCAGCUCACACAAAUAAAAGAGAUGCAUAGAGUUGAUUUAGACGAGCUUGAGCAUCUCAGAAACUUGGUUGAAGAAAAUGAUAUAAAAAUAGGCAUUUUAAGCAAGUCUAAAAGUAAAGCUGAUAUUGAGCUGAAAAAAGCAAUAUUUGAUCAGCAGCAAGCAGAAGAUGAGCUUCUUGAAGCAACCAAAAAAUUAAAAGAAAUCGAAGUAUUUCGGAGAAAUUUGGAAUUAGAAAUACAUCAGUUGAAAAUGGAAUUGUUAUCAGAACAAAAUGAAGAUUUUAUAAGGGAGCUGCAAUCUCAGCUACAGUUAGCUGAAACUGAGAAGGUUAAAUUGGAAACUUUAGUCAUAGAAAGCAAAAAAGAGGCUCAAAAUAUAAAGCACCAACUUUCAGAAGCUGAAAAAAAGCUAAAGCUUGAAACUGAAGAAAAUGCUGCGAAAAUGCAAAGUCUGGAAGAGGAAAUAAAAGAAAAAGAUAAAGAAAAUGAAAUAAAAGGGAAUGAAAAUAGAAAAAUGAAAGAAAUUGAAAAAGAAUUAGAAGAUAAAAUUAAUAUGUUGAGGGAUGAAAAUAGUGAGAUUAAUGAGAGUUUGAAUGAAAAAAAUAUGAUAAUUGAGGAAAAAGAGAAAGAAAUAGCUGAAAUAGCUAAAAAAAUAGAUAUAAAAUUUAUUAUAAAUAGUUUUUAGAAUAUAUUGGUUUAGCAUUUAACUUAUUAAAAGACAAUGGUAUAGACUUGAAAAAGAAAUAAUUGAAAAGGAGAAUAAAAUUAACCAAGCUCAAGAAAUUAAUUUUAAGGUCCAGAAUGAAAAAGAAGAUCUUUGCAAAAUUUUAGAAGAUACACGUGAAAAUUAUGAAGAAAAGUUGUCUAAUGAAAUCUCGCAGAAUUCUGAGUUAAGUUUACAAAUAAAUGAGUUAAAGGAAAAUAUUGCAAAUCAAGCAUUGGAAAUUGAUAGCCUUAAAGUAAAUAUAGAAGAAAUUUUGAAAAAAUCAGAAGAAGCAAUCUCACAAGAAAAAGCAAAUAAUUUAGAGCUCACCAAACUCUUAGAUGAAGCUAAAAAGGAACUUGAUGAAAAAGAAAAAAACGAGAAAAAACUGUUGGAGCAAAUAUCAGAGCUUAAAGAGAUCACUCAGAAAUUAGAAUUAGAACUGAAAAAUCUUGAAGAAGAUAAAAAUUCAGCCUUUGAAAGCUCAGUUUCUUUACGUCAAGAACUUGCAAAAGUAGAAGAAGAGAAAAAACAAGCUAUAGAAAGUUUGGAAUCUUUAAAAAAUGAAUUGGAUGAAAAAUUAUCAGAAAAUGAAAUAAAACUUGACGAAUUGGACAAGCAAAAUAAAUUAUUAAUCGAAGACAUCUCAUCUAAAGAUAGAAAAAUACAAGAACUUGAUAGCCAAUAUGAAGAAUUAUUAAAAGAAAAUAUAGAAUUAAAAGAUAGCCACGAAAUCGAAGUAGAAGAUCUAAAUUCAGUUAUUAAUGACUAUAUUGGAGCUAAUGGGCAACUAAGAAAUGAAGUGGAAACCCUUAAAGACGAAAAUUCAAAACUGUCUGAAGAGAUUUUGGCUAAUAAAGACUUGAUCAUAGAAAGCAACGAAACAAUACAAGAACUAAACAGCAAAAUCAAACAAAUUUCAGGUGAAUGCGAAAAAUAUAGCGAAGAAAUCAAUCUUCUAAGGUCACAAGAACAGACAUAUAUUUCAACAACAAAAGAUUUAAGUGACAAACUAGAUAAUUGGAGUGCCCAAAAUCAAGAACUCCUAGAAAAAGCAGAAGAAGAUAAAAACAUCUUGAUCUCAAAGAAAGAUGAAGAACUUGAAAUUUUGCAGAGCCAAUUCAAACAAGCCGAAGAAGAUUUAAUUUCUGCUUCAAAAGAAAGAAAUGAGCUACAACAAAAUCUCACAAUUACUCAAGAAGAAUUAAAACUAAACCAAGACAAACUUUCUGAGCUGGAAAACACAUUACUUGAAAAAAACAAUUUAAUCAAAGAGCUCAAUCGAAUAGUAGCUUACAAAGAUUUAGAGCUCUGUGAAGAAAGAGAAAAAUAUGAAGAACAAAUUUUACAAAUUAAAGAGGAGCAGGGUGAAAAUUUAAGUGGGGAUAUAGUAUUAUUAAAAAACGAGAUAAAUGAUCUACAGGGAAAAAAUCUUGAAAUAAGCAAAGAAUUGAAAGAAGUAAAGGAGAUUGAUUCAAAGAAAAGUGAAACUAUAUCAUAUUUACAAAGUUCAGCAUCUAAUCUUAAAGAUCAGCUGAAUAAAAAAGACCAAGAAUUGAAAGUCCUAAAAGAAGAAAUGAAGUCUAUUAAUGAAAUAAAUGCAGGACAUGAAAAAGAGGUUAGAUUGCUAAAAGCCAAAAGUAAUACAAACACUGAGUUGGAAGAUUAUAAAAGAAAAAAUGAAGAGCUAUCUGAAGAAAUAAAAUCUAUGAAUAAAGACAUUGAAGACUUAUAUGAGCGCAGAUGGAAAGAGCAGCAAGAUGCUACUGCAAAUCUUGAAAAACAAAAGCUGAACUAUGAAAAAAUGAUAGAAGAGCUAAAAGCUGACUUUGAAAAGCAAAAGCUGUAUUAUGAAAAUCUCAUAGAAGAAAAUAAAAACCCAGAAAAAAAGAACGAGAGCGAAGAAAAGCAGCUAUUUUCAGAGAUAAUUAUUAAUGAGCAAAAAUUAAAUAAAAUGCCGCACGAAGAUGCACUGAUUCCAGUUCAAGAGCCAGCACAAAUGCAAAAGUUAGUGACAGACACUGUUGAGGCAAUAAAACAUCAAGCAGAAAAGCAGCAAACUCCGCAAGUUCCUCAAGAGUCCGAAGGCUGGUUUACAUCUCUGCUGGGAUCAAUCUUUUUGACAGAUAGAGAAAGGGGGCAAUAA